AUGAGUGAUCAAUUGAACGAAGUGCGGUCUGCUCUUUUGAAAGUCGCUGAUCGACUUUCUGCUCUUCAAAAAGCAAGUCCACAAGGUAAGUAGCUGUUAAGAUUACGUGUGUGGAAUAAUUUAGAGGUAAUAAAAUUUGUCAUGCAUUUUGAGUGAGCUCCAUGUAUAUCCGAUAAAAACUAAAACUUUUGUUAACGGUAGAUAUUUAUUAAUUCUCAGGUAGUUCAGAAGCCUCUACGAGCACAUCUGUUGUUGCGGAACAACGGAGGCUCUUUGGUUACUCGUCUAGCGGUCCAAAUCGGACAAGCAAGAAGGGCAAAGGCACAAAAGCAAAGAAGGAAUCAACGUGCACUCUAAAAGUCGUGUGUUUGUCCUCGAAGAACGCACAAAGCCCUCCAUCUUCUGUAAGAGAGAGGACCUACCUCUCAAACAUUGGGCUGGGCGACAGCUCAAUUACCUUCCCGGCCCAGGAGCAUGUUUACAGCAAAAUUUUGGAAAACUUCCCAGCAUUGAGCAAGGCGGGGGGGUUUGAAAUUUGCCUUUUUCAGAGAGGUGGGGGAGAGGAUGCUGGGUUUCACGUCAUCAAUCCCCCUCAUGUAGCGACCAGACUAAAACAACUGGCAGGUCAAGCAAAAAUCUACAUCCGACCAAUACAAAGAGAUAUUGAUCCUGCUCCAGAGGAGGUCAUCGCUCUGCCAAUAGGGGUGCCAUCACUUCAAUUGGUAAAUAUUAACUAAGUAUUUUGUGUUCAAUUUUAUAAAAUUUGAUUACUUAACAAUUAGACCCGGAGCCUGAAGGGGCUAUGCGUCAAUAGCCCAUGAGGCGAAGCCGAAUGGGCAAUUGACCCAUGGGCCUUUUUUUAGUAUCACACAACUAGUAGGACAAAGGAGGAAAUUAAGAUGUUAAGAAAUACCAGUUGAAAAAAUAGUUAUUUGAGACAGAAAACUAGCGUUUUUUGCUGCUAGGGGACUAUAAAAAGACCCUAGCAGCAUAGCCAAUCAAAAUGCAGGAUUUGCAGUAGUCUACUAGUUGGGUGAUACUUAUAGAUAUUAUACUUAUUUACUUUAAUUUAUUAAUGAGUUUAUGUAAAUAUCUAUCAAGUAAGCAUGCUUUUUUUUAAACUUGUACCAAAAAAAAACCAACACAACAAGUGGUUUCCUUUAAAUUUCACCCUCCUUCUGAGCAAGUUUAUUAUAAAUAUGUUGUUGUUCAAAGAUUAAAUUUGUUUCUGCAUGCAUCUAUUGCUUUUUAAGACAAUAAACUUUAACACGCAGGAAAUAGCUGAUCCAGAUAUACACGUACCAAAAGUGGAUUGCUUUGUUUGUGGGCAAGUCAUUCGUAUGGAUGAAAUAACUCAACACCAAGAAUCCCAUUCACCUGCAAGUAAUGGUGUGCCUGCAGCAAAGGUAUGUCACAUACCCUGAGCAUAGCUGUACUGUUUGUCGUAAUACCUGGUAUUGAUCUUGUUAGAACUCCAAUGCUCCACUGUUUGCAAUGAACAAUGUUAGUGGCGAUAGCCACUAUUUAUGAAUUUUCUUGUUUUGCAAUAUAUUCCAGAAACAGAAGACUUUGGAUUCCAUGGCUUGCAGUACAAAUAAUCUCCCUACCCAGGACUUAACGGCCAGUGUAUCUAGUCAGUGGUAUGUAGUGACAUCAUUGUAAAGAAAUUGAUGGUAAAUUCAUUUCUUUGAUAUGAGGAAACAUGUUGUUUUUUUCAUUUUUUUCAGUAGUAGUCUGGAACCUGUUAAACCUGGGUUGCAACAACUCAAAGAAAUAUGCCCAGAUGCAUCAGAUCUUGAAAUUCAAGGUGCUUUGGAUGCCUCCAAUGGAAAUGUUAAUGAUGCUGUUGGAAGAUUAUUAGGUUAUUUUCUUUUCUUUUACUUUACAUUAAAAAAAGUUCCAGUAAUAAAGUAUAUACAAAGGAUCCAAGUUAAUUCAGGUGAGGGGGGUUGGGACGAUGUGCCUAUAGAUAAUGUGUAAAUUAUUUACGAAGAAUUCCCUUAAACAGGGCAAGAACAACAUGCACAAUGUUCAUACAUGUCUAACGAGGCUCCACUUACAAUACCAAAUCGUAAUUGUCUCCUUUCUUUUCAAACAUAAAAAAUGUAUGGGGUAUUCAACUUUCAUGUUUAGAAAUGUGAGCCACAUACUAAUACUUAGGCAUUGUCUUAUGUAUCUCAGGUUUGUCAUCCUUACCAGACACCAUUUUUGAUGAUCAAGAUGAUGUCAAUGAUGAUGAAAGCGACCUCACACCUGUACUUGGUGUGGAAUUGAAUGAGAGUGAAAAAUGCCCUGAAACAGCACUGCAACUUUUCAAAACAUCCGUCAUCCAAGAUGCCCCAUUUAAACAAAGAAUUUCUGUCUGUAGAGUGGAUGGAGUGAUGGAGCUAAGGAAAGAAAUUAUGGGGAUUUAUAAAAAUCCGAAUACAAAUUUUAAAGUUACCCCAAAAUCCGAUUUGAGGAAGAAGAAGGAGUGGGCAGUGGUCCUCUAA